AGUCCCAUAUACUCAACAGGUCAGCGUCGUGGUGACGUAAACCAGCAUGACGCCCUUACAGACGCACUGAGCGGAAAAUAAUAAUAACUGUAGCCUACCACACAAGCAUAAGCCAGCCACACUAAGCACUAGUAUUCAGGAUUCACAGUGCACACCGAGCUGUUUUGUCAUUUCGUGUCCUGUCCUGUCCUGCUGCCUCACAGUUUAUCUACCUGGUGAGUGUCUGAAGUCCACCCUGGAGGGACAGAGCAGAAGUAACGGGAGGAAGACCACGGAUUUACGGACUGACCGCUCCUGUACGGAAACUGUAAAGACAUGGGAGCUGUUCUGGGGGCCUUUUCCGUCGCAAGCUGGGUGCCAUGCUUGUGCAGCAGUGCAACCUGUCUGAUGUGCAGCUGCUGUCCGAGCAUCAGGAACUCCACAGUGACCAGGAUUAUCUAUGCCUUCAUCUUGCUGCUGGGUACCAUUGUCGCCUGCAUCAUGCUGUCGCCAGGUGUGGAUCAGCAGCUAAAAAGGAUCCCCGGUUUCUGUGAAGAUGGGGCUGGCUCUUCUAUCCCCGGCCUGCAGGCUGAUGUCAACUGUGAAAUGUUUGUGGGCUACAAGGCAGUGUACCGCAUCUGCUUUGGCAUGAGUAUGUGGUUCCUGGCGUUUGCCAUUCUUAUGAUUAACAUCAAGAACAGCAGGGACCCCCGUGCUGCUAUUCACAAUGGAUUUUGGUUCUUUAAGUUUGCUGCUUUGGUGGCAGUAACAACUGGUGCCUUUUAUAUUCCAGAUGGGCCUUUUACCUACACAUGGUUUGUCGUGGGAUCUGGUGGAGCUUUCUUUUUCAUUCUGAUCCAGCUGGUGCUGCUGGUGGACUUCGCACACUCCUGGAACGAGGCCUGGGUGGGAAACAUGGAGACUGGCAACUCAAGGGGCUGGUAUGCAGCUUUGCUGACAGUCACAAUCCUCAACUACACCCUGUCAUUUAUUGCUGUCGUGCUGUCCUUCGUCUUCUACACCAAGCCUGAUGGAUGCUUCAUCAACAAGUUCUUCAUCAGCUUCAACAUGUUGCUCUGCAUUGUGGCCUCUAUUGUGUCCGUGCUGCCUAAAGUACAGGAGUCUCAGACACGUUCAGGUCUUCUACAGUCCUCCAUCAUCACCCUGUACACCAUGUUUCUGACCUGGUCUGCUAUGACCAAUGAGCCUGACCGAGAAUGUAACCCCAGCCUACUGAGUAUCAUCCAGCAGAUCACAGCCCCAACACUGGCCCCUGUGGAGAUGGAAAACCAGACAGCAGUGGUAAUCAUCGGCCCAGAGGAACCUGUCCUGACAUCUCCGUACCUGCAGUGGUGGGAUGCGCAAAGUAUAGUGGGGCUUGCUAUAUUUGUCCUGUGCAUCCUUUACUCGAGCAUUCGUUCGUCCAGCACCAGCCAGGUGAACAAGCUGACCAUGGCCUCCAAAGACUCGGCCAUUCUGGCUGAGGGAGGCAGCAGCCCUGACCUCUCAGAGGAGUCAACAGGACCCAGGCGGGUGGAGGACAAUGAGCGAGACAUGGUCCAGUACAGUUACUCCUUCUUCCACUUCAUGCUCUUCCUGGCCUCGCUCUACAUUAUGAUGACUCUCACUAACUGGUACAGCCCUGAUGCAGACUACACCAUAACCAGCAAGUGGCCAGCAGUGUGGGUGAAGAUCACCUCCAGCUGGGUGUGUUUAGCCCUGUACAUCUGGACCCUGGUGGCUCCCUUGAUCCUCACCAACCGAGACUUCAGCUAAUCAGCAGCUCCAUCUCUCUCCUCCACAAACCUCCUCUUUUUUCUUUUUUUUUUCUCUACAGAAAUUCAGAUUGUGUUGCCAACAUCUUCCUUUCAAAAUAAUCUCACAUUUUAUAAUUUUAGCUGGAGUUAGUCUAAUUAUUUAUUAAAAUUAAAAUUGGAUCUGGUUCAGAGGUGCCAUAACAGCUGUUUCAAGCACUGGUAUUACUAUUUACUGUAGUGAUUUCAUACCAAUGCAUAGCAGCAGCUCAUUCAGGAUACAUUCAAGAGACAUCCAAGGACAAUCCUACAUUUUCUACCAAAGCACAAAAACACCAUGAAGAAAAACAUUCCAUUUGUGUGUGUAAAUUUAUUAUCAAACACAAGGUCCAAAAUAAAACCAGCAGCAUAGUUUCAUAUUGUGUACUCUUAACAAUCUAAAUGUAUCUCUGCUGUAACAACAAGAAAUAGUCAGAUGUAGUCAAACACAGAUUUUUUUUUUUCACUGCUUAAAAAUAUGAAUGUACACAGUAGUUUGCUGCUAUGCCUUCUAAUGCCUUAAGUGUCCAACAUGUUUCAGAUCCAUUAAUAUAUUGAAUAUAUUAAGAGUAUUAUGAAAUACAUGAGUGCAGUGAACUACUGCCGACUAACAUGACUUUAAGUCAAGUUAAGUUUCUGCCAAAUAUUUAAGAUAUUCAAUGUAAGGGAGUUUUAGAGAUGUGAUGGUUUCAGGCUGUAAAAUAAAUCCAUACAGUGACAGCAUACAAUCAACAUUAUGACUUAUUAAUUGUUUUUCUUUCACCAUUGUAUUACUCCAAAUAGGAUGGAAUAUCUUUAAUGUUUAUUAUGAUUUUAUUUGUAAAGAAUGCCAUCUUUUUGUAAUUAAAAAAAGCUGUUUUAUUAGAAAUAAAUGUCAGGGAAUGGAUAUUAAAUGGUUAAAUAUGUUAUACAUAUAUAUAUAUAUAUAUAUAUAUAUAUAUAUACAUAUAUAU